UUUAAGAAGAAAAAAAUAAUUUUUUUUUUGAUAAUUAGACAGUAAAAGCAAAAUGUAUUUUUUCUUUCGAAUUUUAUUUAUUUUUCUAUUAUUGUUAUGUGUCCAAAUAAUAAAUUCAUUGGACAAUGAUGCAAACUUGGAAGUUAAUAAUUGUCCGCAAAUGGAGCCGAAUAUGACAAAUCUAAUUAAUCCAAAUGAUCCCCGAUGUUUGAAUUUCAAUAUAAAUGAUGUGGAAUCAGUAUUUAAUAGAUAUCCACUGGAGGAAGUAUAUAAUUUAACAAAUCCCAAUUUGGUAAUAAUUAUGGCCGACAAUUCAAGUGAUGCUGUAAAUUUGGCAAAAUUUUUAUCCAAUAAUAACAAAUUGCUACCACAUAAAUACCAUAAUAAAACAAAGUUUUGGCAUAAAUUAAAUUCCACUGAAUAUGAAUUUAUAGUGAAAAAUUUUCAAGCCUAUGAGAAUCAAAAUAAAUCAAUGACAUUUAUUGUCUAUCCAAGGAAUAUAGAUGAUAAAUUUCUAGCUGCAAAAUUAGUAGCGGAGAGUGUAAGUCAAGUCGAAACUGUUCAAUUAAUAUUGACAUUGCCCCAUUUUGCUGAUGAGAAAUUAGACGUUCGUGUACGUCGAAUUUUUGAAUUUGCUGGAGAUAUGUUGAAAAAUGUCAAAAAAUACAGGGGUAGCUACUGUUUGGUUGUCACAAAUAAUGGGGAGGAUGAGAGUAUUGCAAAGGAUAUAGGGCAGAUGAAUAAAGGAGAAAGGAUUUAUGAGAAAUUGGAGCCGAAAAUCAAGGUGGUAAAGGAGAUUCAGGAAAUUGGUGGAAGAAUUAGGAGAAACGUUGAAAAAAUUAGGAGAAAAAAAAGGAUUGAAGAAAGCAGUGGAGUGAUCCAGGAAGCUAGUGAAACGAGCCUAGAAGCUGAUGAAAAACUUCAAUUCAACGAAGGGAUUAAGGAAACUAGCGGGAAGAGUCUAAAAACUGAUGAAGAACUUAAAUUCAACGAAGGGAUUGAGGAAACUAAUGGAAAGAAACCAAAAACUGAUGAAGAACUUCAAUUCAACGAAGGGAUUAAUGAAACUAGCGGAAAGAGCCUAAAACCUGAUGAAGAACUUAAAUCCAAUGAAACCAUCAAGGAAACUAGCGAAACGAACCUAAAAAUUAACGGAGACCUUCAAUCCAAUGAAAUGACCAAGGAAACUAAUGAACAGAAUCCAAAAGUUAAUGAAGAACCUGUGGAAUUUUUCAAAAAAAUUAAAGAACCUAACGACAAGAUCAAUAUCAAUAUUCGAAAACUCUACAUUGAUCUAAUUAACAAAUACGCCAACAAUGGAAAUACCAGUAGUAAAUAUUUAGCAAAAAUGAUCAAUGAACAGAAUAUAAUUAUCGGAGAAUUUACAUCAACAGGACAGAGGAAAUUAAUAAAUCAUCUUUAUAACAUGGAACGAUUAUCAGCCAAUAUUUAUGAUCAUGAAAGUCGCCUGCAUCAAUUUUUGGAAUGUUCUUCCAAUUCAAUUAAUAAAAAAUUAAAUUCACCAAUACGAUCACUAAUUUCACGAAUUCACUCCAAAUUAACCGAUAAUGAAUCCAAUUUAACAACACUAACAUCCGUAUUCACUGUCACUAAAAAUUUCAACAUAGCCAACAAAAGUUUAUCAACAUUUUUUAAUUGUAUUCACAAUAAUAUGAAUAUAUUUCUAAAAAAAUGCUCCGAUAAAUUAGCUCAUGAUCUCAAACCCCUUGAAAUUGAUCUUGUUGAUUUUAUCGAAAUUAACGAUUUAUUUUCCACAUUAUGUUGGUUAGAGAAACUUUUCAUUGUCAUUGAAAUCGAACACAAUAAUAUACCAAUAAAGUGGAUUACAAUUGUGGAGAAUUUUUUACAGCAAUUAAAAUAUCCUACAAAUUGGUAUUGGAAUUUACAGAGGAUUUUCAAUGAUAUCGAACCUAAGAGAGAUUCAUUGUCAUUAGAUGAAAUUGAUAUACAACUUGAUAACCUAAUUAGAGAAAUAACAAUUAAUGGAAAUUAUAAUUUUUCAUUUAUGAUAAAUGCUAUUAGAAUUGUUAGAGAUGAUUUAAGAAAGAAGCCUAUUAAAAUCUCGUGCCAUCGAGAAUCAAUUGUUAAAUUACAAGUCACUGGAGAAUUAUUGAGAUUCAGUGAAAUUCUAAAUGCUACAUCAGACUGUCAAGAUUACAAGAUAUUGGAAAUAUUUGCUCUUGAAAAAAUUAUCAUCGAUCAGGAUUUAAUUGCAAUUGGAGAGGAAAUUCUUGUUUCAAUAUUUGCACCAAUUUGGGAAGUUGUGAUGAAUAGAAGAAUUAUUUUGGAUGGAGCUUCACGAAAUUUGACAAAUGAUGAUUACAUGACACCCAAAGGGAAAAACGGUAACACUCAUACAAAUCGAAAUGGAAUUCACGGAUUAGCCGGUUUCCCAGGUGGACCAGCUGGUUCCUUCUAUGGUAUAGCGGAAAAAAUCAUCGGCCAGGAAAAUUUAACAAUUUCCCUAAACGGCGGUAAUGGAAGUAAUGGCCAAAAUGGCGGUGAUGGUGCUAAUGGAGAAGAUGGCGAGACACCAAGUGCAUCAUACAUUCAUUCAAUGUUUAAUUAUUAUCACUGUAAUUGGUUGAAUAAUUAUCAAGUUAAUUAUCGUGUUAAUCAUUCAUCGUUUCUAAAACAUUACAUACCUCUAUUUUCAACAAAUGGAAUUGCAUUCAGUUAUCGUAGUAAAUGUUACAUUCACGGAUUAAAUGGAUUCCCAGGUGGAAAUGGUGGUAACGGUGGUGUAAUUGGUAAAGGAGGUUCUGCAGGUGAUUUUCAUAUUUAUCCCCUCGAUAUUAAUAAACUUCCAAUAAUUGUGAUGGCAAAAAAUGGUAGCGAUGGGAAAUAUGGAAUUGGUGGUAGAAAGGGUUUAGGUGGUUCAACGCGGAUGGUUACAAUUUACAAUGAGAAUUAUUUUGAACAUAAGAUUGAAAAUAAUGAAACGUGUGAACGUGCAAAUUGGGGUAAAGACGGUAGGGAUAAUUACAGUAUUUUGGGUAGUAAAAUAAAGAAGGAGUCGGAGAUUAAGCAAACUUUUGCACAGACUGUGAAUCUUUAUAAAAGAUAUAUAUUGACGAUGGGUGAGAAGUAUGAAAAAUUAUACAGGCAGAUAAUUGGUAAGAGGGAAAUUAUUGAGAGUUAUGAUACUUUUGCAUUGGUAAACGAACUUAUCGAUUUGGAGUAUUAUUAUUUUCGUAUUAAUAAAAAGAAUGCGACACUUUUUAUGUAUAGAUCGUGGAAGGAGAGAUUGAUUUACUAUUCUUGGCAUCGGAAGGAAGGUGAGAGAACGGAGGAUUAUACUGCAUUGCUUCGUAAUUUGGAUAGAAUGAUUUCCGAAAAGAUACAAAGACUGGAGACUAAUAGUAAUGAACGUUCUGUAUUUAUGCUCAAGGAUUAUUUGGCACAGUGUAAUAAAAUGGGAGAAUAUUUACAUAAUGCAAGAACGGUUGUUAGAAUUAAGAUGAUUAAUAGUAAUUUCAUUAGGGAUUAUGAUGAUAAAGUGAAAGAGGCACAGGAGAUUAUUCAAGAAAAAUUGCAAAAGGAUAUACAGCAAAUGAAUUCAAAUUUAAAAGGUGAGACAGAAAUGCUUUUGAGAAAAAUAGCGAGUCUCACUGAAAGAGAGAGGAAAAAUAGUGAAGCACUGGAGAAAAAAUCGAUAGCAAUGGAUGGUAGAAUAGUAGCAAAAAGUGUAAACGAAAUAUUUGAAUUAAUAAAUUCCGUUCUUGGUUUUAUAAAUCCAGCUUUAGCGACAAUUGGUAGAAAAAUUUCAGCCGCUGGAUCAAUUGUACAAAAUUUUAUUGAUGAAACUGCUGAUUCAAGUAUUGUCGAAGUUGCAAUUCCAAAUGUCGUGGAUAGAUCGAGGGAAUUUUUUGACAAUUGGGUUGAUAUGAAAUAUGAAAUUGAGAAAAUAUCAUUGGAAAAUAGUUUGGAAAUGAUUGAGGAAAAGAAACGUGAACUUCGUGAAAAUGGUGAUGAUGUAAAACCGCUGGACAGUGUUGCAUCAUCAAUAAUUGAAUUAAAGGAUGAAAAAAUUUUAGGUAAUGAUGUAAUGAAAUUAUUGGAUGAUAAAUUAAUAAAAGAGGAAUCAUUGUGGAAAAAAUUGAAUGUGAAUAAAAAAUUUAUUUACAAUGGUGCAUUAAAGGCAAUUGAACAAAUAAGAACGUUUACGCGUAUGAAACAAAUGUUAGGUGAUCUUAGUGAUAAAUUCGAAGACGUGAAGAAUAAACGUCAAAUGAAGGAAAUUAGUGAUAAAAUUCAUAACGCAUUUGAAAAAACGAUUAAUUUACGUAAUUUCAAAGAAGAUAUUUAUAUGAAAAUGAUACCAUUGAUUGAGAAAAUAAGAGACGAUACCGAUAUUAAUGGAAAAUAUUCUGAAUCAUCGAUUGCAUAUUUAGAUUUUAAAAAAUUUCAAAUGAAAGAAUAUUUUCAGGAAAUAUUGGAACAACUUGAAUUGUUUAUUAAACAAUUUAAACUUGAAUCAUUAUUUGCGACAACAAUGAAAAAUAUGCAUGAUGUUAUUGAUAUGGUAUUGAGUACCUAUGAAAGAAUACAAGAAUAUGUUGAUACGAUGAAAAAAGCAAAUUACGAAAGAGAUCUCUCCCUUGCGCCAUUUGAUGUCACCUAUAUCAAAAAUACUGAAUUAAGUCUACAAUUAGCAAAAAUGAUUAACAUUAUCUAUGCAAAUAAUGUUUUAGAUAAUUACAAUAAAUGGAUAUCAAGUUUUCGACAAUAUAUUUUUCCAUUUGCUGAUAAUUUUAUUGUUCAUGAUUCAUCAUUCAUUGAAUUGAGAGGAAUAUUUCCAAAAGCUGAAGAGGCAAGUAAAAUUUUACAUCUUCUUGGUGAGAAAUUAUCACGUAAACGUGCGGAAUUUAAUGAAUUUGAAAAAACAAAUAAUGCCAAAUUUGGUUAUAAUUUACCACCAUUUUAUGUUUGGGAGAAUAAUUCUAAUCAAAAUGAAAUACAACAAAUUCUUGAGGGUAAAACAAUUAAUUUAUAUGCCGAUAUAAUAGAACAUAAAAUUUUGAAUGCUGUUAAAUUUCGUGAUAUUUGGUUACGUCUUCGUUUAAUUGAUUCAACAUUGAGUGAUGAAGAAUUAAGAAAUGAUAUAAAAGGUUUUUCAUUUAAAUUAACACACUUGGGUGAUUCAUAUUAUAGAUGUGACAAUGAAGUUUAUUUAAUUUCAUCAAAUUCUCAUUUAUUUGAAAAUGUUUAUAAUUCAUUGGAUGAAAAUGAUGAUGAAGAAAAUGAAUUUCAUGAAGACGAUGAUAAUAAUUUAAAUGAAAAACAAAAAGGUGAUUAUUUAUUGAGUCCAUAUGCAACGUGGAAAAUUGAAUUAAUAAGUCGUGAUGUUGAUAAAAAUUUUGAUAAUCUAAGAAAAUAUCAUUCGAAAAUAAAUAUUGAAUUAGUUGGAUUUGGUCGUUACACAGAUCGUCAUUUAGAUAUUUGUCAAAGUAAUUUAACAAAGUACUACGAAAAAGUUUGGUAGUAAUUUAAAUAUUUAAUUAUAAUCAUUUUGAUAUAAUCUAAUUAAAUAAUAAUUGUAAAUCACGAAAAUAAAUAUUCUUUGUAAGUAAAAAAUAAAUCUCUUAUUAAAUUAA